CGCGCACCCUGGAAGUGUAGUAGUGUCCGCGGAGGAGAGGGGAGAGGAGCGCGCGCACGCACUUCCCUGCCGGCGCUGUGCUCCCUGACGAUGACGUCACACGAGCCGGGAUCUCACACACACACACACACACACACGCGCGCGCACUCUUUCACAUGUGGAGCGCACUGAAGUGAGAUAAAGACUAAUCUAAUGGGAGUGCACACUCAGAGUAACGGAAUCUGAUUGUAAGGAAUCCGAUCGAGGAGUGGGCGGAGCCUCUGCACGUCAAGCUCAUGGAGGGCAUCUGCUUCGAGGUGAAACCCCAAGGCAACAUCACUCCGUCUUCCCAGCCACACCCAGAAGGAUCAAGAGGUAAAGAUGAGGAGGAGGAGGAGGAGGAGGAGAUUCGGUACAGACUGACGCUGGCGGGCUCGUUAGCAGUCCACCCGCAGACUACCAUGGCUAUGCUGCCAUGGGUGGUUGCUGAGAUACGCAAGCCUCGGCUGAAAGAGAGGAGCUUCAGCACGACCAUGUCUGGACCUCAGUCUCUGGAGGUGCGCGACUGUCCGGUGGUCCUGCGGAUCUCGUGUUCCUGGGUGCGCUGUGUGUUGGCCAUUGCGGGCGCCGGGGACACGUGGGACCCUCUUCGGCACACCGUUCUCUUUCAGCAGCGGCCGCAUCGCGUCACCAAACUCAUCCACAACAGCCGAGAGCCGAGCUACUUUGCCUGUCUGGUUCGGGAUGAGGUCAGAGCUACCUGCUACGUCUUCCACUGCCACGACAAACUCAAGGUCCCGGAGAUCAUCAGCACCCUGAGGCAGGCCAGCAAGAACUCGGCCCGGCAGGAGGACACGCCCACGGCCCCGCCCACCGAGUCUCACCCGGACCCCGCCCGGCACGACGGCCCGGAAUCGGCGACGGCCUUCGCGAAGAAGUUCGAGGUGCUGUUCUGCGGGCGCGCCGUGGUGGCGAGGAAGAACGCCCCGCCCGCUCUGAUAGACGAGUGCAUCGAGAAGUUCAGCCGCGCCAACGCGAACACGAACAGCUCGCUGGCCGCCGGGAUCAGGAGAGCGUUCUCGCUCACGCAGGUGGUAAACGGAGCGGAUGGAGGAGGAGGAGGAGGAAAGAAGGCGCUGUUUUUCCGGAAAGAUCCGAGCUUCCCGUCUCUGCAGGCGCUGGAUGAGAACGGACUCUCGCCCGAGCUGCAGCGCCGGACGGCCAACGGAGCCACCGGGGUUCAGCCGACCAGCCUGCAGGAGAACAGGACCAUGCUGUUCACGAUCGGGCGCUCGCAGAUCUUCUUAGUGAGUCCAGACAGUAAGAAAGUGGCCAUCGAGAAGAGCUUCAGGGAAAUCUCUUUCUGUUCACAGGGAAUACGACACGUGGAUCACUUCGGGUUUAUCUGUAGGGAGUCGGACGAGGGCGGGAGCUGUCAGUUCGUGUGCUACGUGUUCCAGUGUACAGACGAGGCUCUGGUGGAUGAGAUCAUGCUGACUCUGAAGCAGGCGUUCUCCGUGGCCGCGCUGCAGAGGAGCACUAGGACCCAGAGCCUGCAGUGUGACUCCUGCCCCAUGCAAGAGCUGCACCGCCUCUGUGACCACAUCGAGGGUCUACCUGCAGCCAAGGCGAAGCUGGAGCUCCAGAAGCAUGUUGCGUUUCUGGAUAACCAGGAGCAGGCGUGUGUGUUUGAGACCACCCAGAAAUCCAGGCCGAAGUCAGAACAAGAAGAAAACGAGCUGGUCGUAUCGUGUUUAAGGCGUCUCUACGAAGAGAGACAGAAAGCGCACACACACACACACAUUGCACAGACCAAACAGGUGUGUGAAGCUCCGGCGUUGUGCGAGGAGACGUGCGCAAGUCCAGACGGCAGCAUGAGCAGCGGCAGACAGCGUCUGGAACAGCUGAAGAGCCGAGCCAAAAGAUCACUCACGGAGUCGCUGGAGGGAAUAUGGAGGAGCAACAGCCGGUCCAGGUUACAGCGGGAGGGCACUGAGAGCUCCUCCUCCAGCUCCACCCUCGGCAGCGCCCACCAGGAGACCGUCUCGGUGGGACCGCCUCCGUCUCCGCCCCUCCUCCUGCUCGUGCCGUCCACCCCGCUCCGCUCCCACAAUUCCACGGGGGACCUGAAGGACCCGGAGGGCGGGGACGCGGCGCGCGGCGACCCCGACCCCCAGGGUCAGGGCUUCAGGAAGCGCGCCAGCACCAUCAGCCACUCCCCGUCCGUGUCCGAGGACGGCCCGAGCAGCGUCCCGAGCGACCCGGCGCCGUCCGGGACCAAACCCAAACUCGUCCGCCAUUACUCCGUCAGCACCGACUCGCCCCAUCAGAGCAAGUCGGCUCGCGGCGCCGCAGCUUCAUCCUCUUCCUCAUCCUCAUCCUCGCACUUCUCCUUCUCUUCCUCUCCCACCUACGCCAGGCUGAUGAACCUCGAGCAGCUCACCAAACCCAUCAAGAGUGGAUUGAGGGCCAGACUGUCUUCUUCUUCCUCUGUCCCGAACUUCUUAAAGUUUCUGGCUCCUGUGGAGGAGCGCGCUGACCCCUCCCUCUCUCCCACACACAGAGACGUAGCGGCCCUGUCCAGCCCGGGAGCCGUGUGUGUAGUGGGACAGGACAGUCCCCUCCGCCAGCGCAGACACUCCUGGAGACAGCAGAUCUUCCUCAGAGUGGCUACGCCGCAGAAAGGCUCCGAUUCAGCUGAGCGAGGGGAGGUGCCCCUGGAGGUGGGCGGCAGGCUGACGGUUGGGGGCGGAGCCGGGGGCGGGGACGGCGCUCUGGGGGCGGUGCCCGAGGAGAGGAGGAAGAGGAGUCGGGAGGAGCUGCGGGAGUUAUGGAAGAAAGCGAUUCUGCAGCAGAUCCUCCUCCUGAGAAUGGAGAGGGAGAACCAGAAACUACAGGCCUCUGAGAGCGACCUCCAGAGCAGGCGCCUGAAGCUGGACUAUGAUGAGAUCACGCCCUGUCUCAAGGACGUCACUCUCGUCUGGGAGAAGAUGCUCAGCACCCCUGGGAGGUCAAAGGUCAAGUUUGACACUGACAAGAUCCACAUGGCCGUCGGGCAAGGUGUGCCCCGGCAGCACAGGGGUGAGAUCUGGAAGUUUCUCUCGGAGCAGUAUUUACUGAGACAGCAGGUGCCGAGCGCCAAGCCGCCCAAUAACGACGUGCCUUAUAAAGAGCUACUGAAGCAACUCACCUCACAACAACACGCCAUCCUCAUAGACCUGGGCCGAACGUUCCCCACGCACCCCUACUUCAGCGCUCAGCUGGGCGCGGGUCAGCUGUCGCUCUACAACCUACUGAAGGCGUACUCUCUGCUCGACCCCGAGGUGGGGUACUGCCAGGGCCUGAGCUUCGUGGCCGGGGUGCUGCUGCUGCACAUGAGCGAGGAGGACGCCUUCGGCAUGCUCAAGUUCCUCAUGUACGACAUGGGACUGCGCAAACAGUACAGACCCGACAUGAUCAUCCUGCAGAUCCAGAUGUAUCAGUUGUCCCGGCUGCUCCACGAUUACCACCGCGAGCUCUACACUCACCUGGAGCAGCACGAGAUCGGGCCGAGUCUAUACGCCGCCCCAUGGUUCCUCACCGCCUUUGCCUCACACUUCCCUCUGGGGUUUGUGGCCAGAGUGUUUGACAUGCUGUUCCUGCAGGGGUCAGAGGUCACCUUUAAGGUGGCGCUAAGCCUUCUGGGAAGCCACAAGCCUCUGAUUCUGCAGCACGACAAUCUGGAGUCCAUCGUGGACUUCAUCAAGAGCACACUGCCCAACCUGGGGCUGGUCCAGAUGGAGAAGACCAUCAAUCAGGUGUUUGAGAUGGACAUCAGUAAGCAGCUGCAGGCGUAUGAGGUGGAGUACCAUGUGCUGCAGGACGAGCUCCUGGACGGUCCGUCCACUCUUAGUCAGUCUCAGCGCGCCGCUCAGCUGGAGAAAACCAACAGCAGCCUGCGGCAGCAGAACCUCGACCUGCUGGAGGAAGUGCAGGUGGCCCAUGCGAGGAUCCGGUUCCUGGAGUCACGUGUGGAGGGCCUGGAGCAGAACGAGGCGGUUCUGCGUGUGGAGCUCACGUCUCUGCAGCAGGAGCACUCGUCGCUGCAGCACACCGUCACUCAGCUCCAGGCUCUGCUCUCCAGCCACAGCAUCGCCUACACCCCGGCUCCGUCCUAACACGUCCCCUCUCUCCUUCACUCCUUCAUCUCCUCAGGAGAAACAAUCAGACCGGACCGCCGGGCCCGGGGGAGGGGGCGGAGUCUCGCCCUGGUAUCUCGGUGUAAAUCAUUCUGCGCCGUUAUUUGUUAUUCCCUUGGAACAGAGGAAGAGGAUAACUACUGAGAAGGCGCUGCCUAUAUUUGAGCACGCCUCUCUGUCUCUCUGUCUCCUAAAGUGCCUAAAGGUCAAAGGCCACUGACCAUAAAACUGUGCAACCUUUUUAAAGGCGCGUUACAAUGACACACCAGCACUGAUCAGGUCUUCACCUCGCUCCGAACAAAUGCACACACUUCCCACGCCACACAUCGUGUGUGUGUGUGUGAAAAGUAUUUACACUCUUUGUCUUGUGUGUCCACUCCAUGUUAAGACACUGCUGUAAGCUGCUCAGCGUCCAUAAACGACAUAAACGAAAGAAAUGCACGCAAUCAUGACUUUUACUUUUUAACCACAACAAUUUCCAGACAUCAAAGUCUUUUCUUUUUCUUUCUUUUUUUUUGUGUAGGUUUAAAAAAAAAAAUUUUUUUACCGUGUCAUCAUAAUUACUCUCAUUAUAGCGGUCUAGACACAGAAUCUCGCUGUGCGUUUAGACGCCGCCGCCGCCCAGCCCUUCAGAUACACAAGUCUGCCUGAGAAACAAUACCCACAAUGCACCUAUGUCAGACAGCCAGAAUCCAGACCGCGGUAUUCCCAGACGCUCCCGCAACACAAUGGCUCGCAGCGUUCUUUGCUCUUCAUUCAAACAAUCAGCUCGAGAAAAGGUUUUUUUUUUGUUUUGUUUUCAUACUUAACGUGGCACUCGAGUCGGAUUGGUCGUCUUUUGUCUUUCCGCCGCAACAGCUUGUCCGUAGGGGCUUCCACUUAAACCGUGUAGGUUCGACUUGUUUAAAUGUUAGUUACUUUGAGGUGGUGAUCGAUUAUUGUGUAAGGGAGGAAUCUCCAGUGCGUAACAAGCUGCGUCGUUCGUCUGCCGUAUACUGUGAUCUGUACCCGUGGACGUUCCAGGCGCAACUAUGCACAAGUAAAAGAAGGACUAUGAUAAAAUAACCAUCCAAGGUCACUCCUUUUAUGAGAAGUUAUUUCUAAACUCACAUGUAGGGUUUUAUUUCAGAGCCAGGAAAAUAAAAACUCCUCGCAAGAAACUGCGAAAAAAACAUGUAUUGGCCACGCCAACUUUUUGCAUUUACAAUUUCACCACAGAGGCAGUUGUGUGCGCGGGUUUUCUCAGACUGACUAAGAGAUGGAGCUUAUUUAAAAGUCGGAAAGUACAAAUCAAAUUAAAGAAAAGAUCCGUUCAAUUUUUUCGGAACGUAAAAAACAUUCUCUGUAGUGGACAUGAAAGUCUUUAUUAAUAAUAUCCCAGGUUUAUUUGUAAUAUUAUCAGCACAUGCCCAGUCCCCAGAGAACAGACCUUAGUUUGUGGUAUGAUGAACGCUUGGUUUCAUCUUUCAGUGUAAAAUGAAGCACAUGGUGCUAAAGUGGGUGACAUCGGUUAUUGCGUCAUUUCUGAAUAAAGUGGUUUUUUUUUUUUCCUUUCUUUCUCUGUGUGUAUAAACUUUUGUCAAAACUGAACAAACCAAAGACAUUAAAGCAAUGUGGAAUGCUGCCAAA